UGUUCCCGACCCGGAGACGCGGGGCCACAGCCCCCAGCUGACCCUAAUUUAUUCUCAGCACCACCCCCUCCCAGGUCAUUGGUAUCUGCUUCCGAGGGGCCUGGACCGUAGCCCCCGCCCAGCUGGCCCUCUCUGGCCUUGGGGGAUCAGGAGCGAAGUUGGGCGGGACUUCAAAGAUCCGCCUCUCUUGCCCUUCCCCCGCCCCCAGACGGUCACACCACCCAAACUGCAGGCCCUGCUCUAGCAGGCAGGCAAACCUAGGCAGAAGAGGAUUUCCAGGGUUCUGGGUCUGUUCUCUGCCCCAAUGCUGCAGAACGGACUUGGGAGCCCUCCUUUGCCUGCUCCCGCGGGUCACCCAGCAAGUGCUGAGACCCCAUUUUCUGUCGAGGCUGGCCGGGUCUUCCCUUAGCCCCAGAAGCCCAGCGGGCAGGGUUGGGCUGAAUCACAUGGGAGCUCUCCAGACUUAAGGAGGUGAGAGGCUGCAAGGAGGGCGGGCCGUGACCAUCCACACCCCUUCUCCACAGCCCGGCCUGACCUGGAGGACCCCCGGGGCACUGGGCGGUGAGCCACCUCCUGGCAACUCUCGGUGCCGUCCCCUGCCCUUGCUCGAGGCCUCUUCUCCCCAGCACAGCUGUGGUGUGCCGGGAUCCCGAGCCUCGGCCUCCUGAUCUUACCACCCGCAUGAUCCCUUCCCGCCACACGAUGCUCCGUUUUGUUCCGUUGUGAAUGCCGCGUCCUGUCCUGGUGACAGGAGAACAAUGUUGGUGAACGUCGCAGCGGGUGUCCGAGUGCUCCGUGUGCCCCUGAAAGCGGGUGGGAGCGGAAGCCCCGGCGGCCUGCGGCCUCCGGCGAUAGUGUGGUAUCUGCCGCUGCAGCACGAGUCCGCGCGGCCUCUGGGCUAUUUCUGGCCAGGCCGCAGCACUGUGGUCCGUGCGGGCGUGGCGGGGGCGGGAGCGCCUUAUCGCUCGGCUCUCCCGCCUAGGCGUCCCGCUCCAGAGUAAGCUGGGCCGCCGUCUUCUAGCCAUGGGCUCCGGUGAGUCUGGAGUCCGGUCGGGUCCCCGGCUGCUCCCUAGGCCGACCCGGGUUGAGAGGCGCUCUGGUCCUUUGGCUGCAGCUGGGAGAGACUUGGGGCCGCGCGGGGCGCUGAGCUUACUGCUCCUGAUGCUGGCGCCGCCGAGCCGCCCGGCCGCAGGUUGCCCGGCGCCCUGUAGCUGCGCGGGGACACUCGUGGACUGCGGGCGCCGCGGGCUGACUUGGGCCUCGCUGCCGACCUCCUUUCCUGUCGACACAACCGAGCUGGUGCUGACCGGCAACAACCUGACGGCGCUGCCGUCGGGGCUGCUGGACGCGCUGCCCGCGCUGCGCACCGCACACCUGGGCGCCAACCCCUGGCGCUGCGACUGCCGCCUUGUGCCGCUGCGCGCCUGGCUGGCCGGCCGCCCCGAGCGUGCGCCCUACCGCGACCUGCGUUGCGUGGCGCCCCCAGCGCUGCGCGGCCGCCUGCUGCCCUACCUAGCCGAGGACGAGCUGCGCGCCGCUUGUGCUCCCGGCCCGCUCUGCUGGGGGGCGCUGGCGGCGCAGCUUGCGUUGCUGGGCCUUGGGCUGCUGCACGCGUUGCUGCUGGUGCUGCUGCUGUGCCGCCUGCGGAGGCUGCGCGCCCGCGCCCGCGCUCGCGCCCGCGACGCACUCCGGCUGUCGCUGACCGACCCACUGGUGGCCGACCGAGACGGAACCGACGAGUCCUGAGGAGAGAACCGGCGCGUCCUGAGGAGAGAACUGGCGCUGGGCAACGCGGACCUGCAAACUCGACCGGACGCUACCCGAGGGGCCCUCGCGCCAACCUGGACCGGUCUCCGCCUCCUCCGCUGUCCAAUCUCUCAUACCCACCCCACCUGCAGGCCCAGACCACGUGGGACAGAACUCCUGCCCACCCUGCCCCGAGGGAGGCGAACCCACACCUCCAGGCUUGGGAGGACCAUGGGGCACAAUGCUGUCCAGACCCUGCCUGCGUCUCCCCUCCAAACUCUGGUGCUGAAUAAACCCUUCUGGCCUCUGCA